AUGCAUCGCACCUAUUCCAUGCGCCAGACCCGGGCGCCUACUGCCUCUCAACUCCAGAACCCCCCGCCACCUCCGUCGUCGACAAAAUCCGGCCGCCUCUUCAAGAGCAGCUUCGGACAUGCCCUUCGCCGCAAUGCUGGUGGUGCCUUUGGCCCGGACCUGGCCAAGAAGCUCUCCCAGCUGGUCAAAAUGGAGAAAAAUGUGAUGCGAAGCUUAGAGACCGUCGCCCGUGAGCGAAUGGAAGUUGCUCAACAACUGUCUAUUUGGGGCGAGGCUGGUGACGAAGAUGUUUCCGACGUUACCGACAAGCUCGGUGUCCUUCUGUACGAGAUUGGCGAGCUCGAGGACCAAUACGUCGACCGUUACGACCAGUAUAGGGUUACCAUGAAGAGUAUCCGCAACAUUGAAGCUUCAGUUCAGCCAAGCCGUGACCGCAAGCAGAAGAUCACCGAUCAGAUCGCCCAACUCAAGUACAAGGAGCCCAACUCUCCCAAGAUUGUCGUCCUUGAACAGGAACUUGUCCGAGCUGAGGCUGAGUCUCUUGUUGCUGAGGCUCAGCUUUCCAACAUCACUCGAGAGAAGGUGAAGGCAGCCUAUACUUACCAAUUCGAUGCUCUGCGUGAGCAUUGUGAGAAGGUUGCCAUUAUUGCUGGCUAUGGAAAACACCUCCUCGAGCUCAUCGAUGACACCCCGGUCACUCCCGGCGAAACCCGCCAGGCGUACGAUGGAUAUGAAGCUAGUAAGGCUAUUAUUCAAGAUUGCGAAGACGCCCUGACGAACUGGGUUACUUCCAACGCUGUCGUUUCUUCCAAGCUCUCUACCCGCGCCCGCACUCUGUCUCAGCGACGUCGUAACAACAUCCGCCGAGGUGAGGGCCACGAUCUCUCCGGUCAAGAUGUACCCUUGAACGAUGGUAGCUCCUGGACUGCUCGAGACCGUGAUCUUGACAGCGACGAGGAGGAGGAGGAUGAGGAUGCCCGAGGCUCCAUUCUGGGCAGCGAUGGCGGUCUGAACGGCGAGUCUCGUGGACGUACACAGGAAGCCGUCGCCGCGUAG